AUGGACUUUGAGUUGGUUGCCCCGGCGGUGCCGCGCUCGCCAUUGGCGACAAGCAGCGCGGACUCCUUGCUCGCACCGCCUGCCAAUGCGGAUGCCAAGAGCGUAAUCGAUGCAAGCCCCCUAAGCAUGAGGCGGCCGUCGUCCGACAAAUCGGUAGAAGACAGAGUUGCCAAGGUAACCGAUGCUGCGGAGAUCGAGGCGCACCGUCAACGAGAGCUGAGAUGGAUCUCUGCAUUGACCUCGACAUCUCCGUCCCAGGCACGCAAGGCGAAGCGCAUCCGGAAGUUGGUCCUUGAGGGCGUUCCGGCGUCUGUGCGUUAUCAGGUGUGGGCGCUCCUCACCGACAGCAAGGCGAAGCGGAUGGAGGGGUUAUAUGCACGGCUAGGCCAAAGGGAGAGAGUUGCACCCAUCUCCAACAUCGAACAGGAUGCGCAACGUAUUUUCCAUGAUCAGCCGUUGCUCGACCAGUCACUCGUUAACGUUCUCCAGGCUUACCUGACGAUGGUACCAGACGUGCAGUACACGAAGGGGCUCGCUAUGAUCGCUGGCCAGCUUAUACUGCAGUCUCCCGAGGAGGAUGCGUUCUGGACAUUUGUGACGAUGAUGGACUCACAUAUCCGUCCCUACUACUCCCCGCAGCCGAUCCUGCUAGACAUCGACUCUUCAUUGUUCUCGAAGGCGAUGGAGAACAACGACGCUCCGCUGGCUCAGAGAAUCCUUGUGGAGAUGGCGAUACCCCCCAUCUGCAUAUGCCGACCGUGGUUCACUGCGCUAUUUGCGGACGCGUUUCCCACCGAUCUCCUCCUUCGCGUCUGGGAUGUCUUCUUGUUCGAAGGGGUUUCUUUCCUCUUCCGCGUAGGUCUGGCCGUCAUUUCAAGCUGUCGCCAGUCGCUCCUACAGUGCCGAGGCCAAGAGUCGUUGCUUGCCAUCCUCGCGCACCCUCCACCGCAUUGCCUACCGCCCACUCCGGAUGCCUUCAUCGAACUAGCCUUCUCCGUUAAACUCCGGGACGAGGAUAUUUAUAAGCAGCGCAAUAAACUCGAGGCGCAACUCAAGCGCCAGGUGCAAGCUCGUUCUCAGUUAUCUGCCUCUAGAGUCUCGACGCCAACUAUCUCAUUGCCGCGCAGCUGA